CCGCCCCAGGACCCGGUGGCGGCGGGGGCGCGGAGGGCUUAAAGGCGGCGGCGACCGCCCGCGGGCAGGCGCGGGGCGUCCCUCCCUCGCCGGCCGGCCGCGUCACCUCUCCGUACCUGAGCCGGGAGAGCAGCGCGCCUUCUCUCCGCCCUCCCGCCACUCCUGGUCGCCGCACCAGCGCUGCCGCCGCCCAGGGAGUAAAGGUCGCGCGGGCCGGUGCGAGCGGGCGUCGGCACUAGCGCCAGCGGGUCGGUCCACCCGAGAAAGGAGCGCGGAGGAACUGGGACCGGUCUGGGAAGACUGCGCCAGCCAGCCGUGCACUGAGAUCGCGGGGGCAGCGAGGAGCCGGGCCUCGGCGCUCAGCCUGGACCCAGCGUCCCGCGAGGUGCCCGGGGCUCCGGCCCGGCCCGCGGGGUCAUGUCGUACAGCGAGCUCUACACCCGGUACACAAGGGUCUGGAUCCCUGACCCAGAUGAGGUGUGGCGCUCGGCUGAAUUAACCAAGGACUACAAAGAAGGGGAUAAGAGCCUGCAGCUCAGACUAGAAGAUGACACAAUUCUAGAAUACCCAGUUGAUGUCCAAAAUAACCAGGUGCCAUUCUUGCGGAAUCCAGAUAUCUUAGUAGGAGAAAACGACCUCACUGCCCUCAGCCACCUCCACGAGCCCGCAGUUCUGCAUAACUUAAAGGUCCGUUUCCUGGAAUCCAACCACAUCUACACUUACUGUGGAAUUGUGCUUGUUGCCAUCAACCCCUACGAGCAGCUGCCAAUCUACGGACAGGAUGUCAUCUAUGCCUACAGUGGCCAAAACAUGGGUGACAUGGACCCCCACAUCUUUGCUGUGGCAGAAGAAGCCUACAAGCAGAUGGCCAGAGAUGAAAAGAACCAAUCCAUCAUAGUCAGCGGAGAGUCUGGAGCAGGCAAGACGGUGUCGGCCAAGUACGCCAUGCGCUAUUUUGCCACCGUUGGUGGCUCAGCCAGUGAUACCAACAUUGAAGAGAAGGUCCUAGCAUCCAGCCCCAUCAUGGAGGCCAUUGGGAACGCCAAGACUACUCGCAACGACAACAGCAGCCGAUUUGGGAAAUUCAUUGAGAUUGGCUUUGAUAAAAAGUACCACAUCAUUGGGGCCAACAUGAGGACCUACUUGCUGGAGAAGUCCAGGGUGGUCUUUCAGGCGGAUGACGAGAGGAACUACCACAUCUUUUACCAGCUCUGUGCUGCUGCCAGCCUUCCUGAAUUUAAAGAGCUCGCCCUAACGUGCGCAGAGGACUUUUUCUAUACAGCCCAUGGAGGAAACACGACCAUCGAGGGUGUGAAUGAUGCAGACGACUUUGAGAAGACUAGACAAGCCCUCACACUCCUGGGAGUGCGGGAUUCCCAUCAAAUAAGCAUCUUUAAGAUAAUUGCUUCUAUCUUGCACCUGGGAAGUGUGGAGAUUCAGUCUGAGCGGGACGGGGAUUCCUGCAGCAUUUCACCCCAGGAUGAACACUUGAGCAACUUCUGCAGCCUGCUAGGAAUAGAACACAGCCAGAUGGAGCACUGGCUGUGUCAUCGGAAGCUGGUCACCACCUCAGAGACCUACGUCAAGACCAUGUCCCUGCAGCAAGUGGUCAAUGCACGUGAUGCCUUAGCCAAGCACAUCUAUGCUCAGCUGUUCUCCUGGAUUGUGGAGCACAUCAACAAAGCCCUGCACACCUCCCUUAAGCAGCACUCCUUCAUCGGGGUCCUGGAUAUCUAUGGGUUUGAGACCUUCGAGAUCAAUAGCUUUGAACAGUUUUGUAUCAACUACGCCAAUGAAAAGCUCCAGCAACAGUUCAAUUCGCAUGUGUUCAAGCUGGAGCAAGAAGAAUAUAUGAAGGAGCAGAUCCCGUGGACUUUGAUUGACUUCUACGAUAACCAACCGUGUAUAGACCUCAUAGAGGCAAAGCUGGGCAUCCUGGACCUGUUGGAUGAGGAGUGUAAGGUCCCCAAAGGAACUGAUCAGAACUGGGCCCAGAAACUCUACGAACGACACUCCAACAGCCAGCACUUCCAGAAACCACGCAUGUCCAACACGGCCUUCAUUGUCAACCACUUUGCAGAUAAGGUGGAGUACCUUUCAGAUGGUUUUCUAGAGAAAAACAGGGAUACAGUAUAUGAAGAACAGAUCAACAUCCUGAAGGCCAGCAAGUUCCCAUUAGUGGCUGAUUUGUUCCACGAUGACAAGGACUCUGCUCCAGCCACCAACACAGCUAAGAAUCGAUCAUCUUCAAAGAUCAACGUUCGCUCUUCCAGACCCCUCAUCAAAGUCCCUAACAAGGAGCACAAGAAAUCCGUGGGCUACCAGUUUCGUACUUCCCUAAACCUGCUUAUGGAGACCCUGAAUGCCACAACGCCACACUAUGUCCGGUGCAUCAAGCCCAACGAUGAAAAGCUUCCCUUCCACUUUGACCCCAAGAGAGCUGUACAGCAACUCCGAGCCUGCGGUGUGCUGGAGACCAUUCGGAUCAGCGCGGCAGGCUACCCAUCCAGGUGGACCUACCAUGACUUCUUCAACCGGUAUCGGGUGUUGAUGAAGAAGAGAGAGCUCACCAACACCGACAAGAAGAAUAUCUGCAAGUCUGUCCUGGAGAGUCUCAUCAAGGACCCAGACAAGUUCCAGUUUGGCCGCACCAAGAUCUUCUUCCGAGCAGGCCAGGUGGCCUACCUGGAGAAGCUUCGGGCAGACAAGUUCCGGGAAGCUACUAUCAUGAUCCAGAAGUCGGUCAGGGGAUGGCUGCAGAGAGUGAAGUACCGUAGGCUGAGGGCAGCUACCUUAUCCCUGCAGAGGUUCUGCAGGGGAUACCUAGCCCGCAGGCUGGCCGAACACUUGAGGAGAACCCGGGCCGCCAUCGUGUUCCAGAAGCAGUACCGCAUGCUGAAGGCCCGCCGAGCCUACCGCAGGGUCUGCAGGGCUACCGUCAUCAUCCAGUCCUUCACACGGGCCAUGUUUGUGCGCAGGAACUACCGCCAGGUCCUCAUGGAGCACAAAGCCACCAUCAUCCAGAAGUACGCCCGAGGCUGGAUGGCACGGAAGCGUUUUCUGCGGGAGCGGGAUGCAGCCAUUGUCAUCCAGUGUGCCUUCCGGAGACUCAAGGCCAGGCAGGAGCUGAAGGCCCUCAAGAUUGAGGCCCGCUCGGCAGAGCAUCUGAAACGCCUCAACGUGGGCAUGGAGAACAAAGUCGUCCAGCUACAGCGGAAGAUUGAUGACCAGAACAAAGAGUUCAAGACUCUGUCAGAGCAGCUGUCUGCAGUCACCUCCAGUCAUGCCGUGGAGGUGGAGAAGCUGAAGAAGGAGCUGGCACAUUACCAGCAGAACCAGGAGGCUGAUACCAGCCUUCAGCUGCAGGAGGAGGUUCAGAGCCUGCGCACUGAACUACAGAAGGCUCAUUCGGAGCGCAGGGUCCUGGAGGAUGCUCACAACAAGGAGAAUGGCGAGCUGAGAAAGCGAGUUGCAGACCUGGAACAUGAAAAUGCCCUCUUGAAGGAUGAAAAAGAAUACCUUAACAACCAAAUCCUGUGCCAGUCAAAAGCUGAAUCUUCGCAGAGCUCUGUGGAAGAGAACCUCCUGAUGAAGAAGGAGCUGGAGGAGGAACGGUCCAGGUACCAGAACCUCGUGAAGGAGUACUCCCAGCUGGAGCAGAGAUAUGAGAACCUUCGGGACGAGGUGACGAUCCUAAAGCAAACUCCGGGCCACAGGAAGAACCCAUCGAACCAAAGCAGCUUAGAAUCUGACUCCAAUUACCCCUCCAUUUCCACUUCCGAAAUCGGAGACACUGAGGAUGCCCUUCAGCAGGUGGAGGAGAUUGGCAUAGAGAAGGCAGCCAUGGACAUGACCGUCUUCCUGAAGCUGCAGAAGAGAGUGCGCGAACUUGAGCAGGAGAGGAAGAAGCUGCAGGCACAGCUAGAAAAGGGACAGCAGGACAGCAAGAAAGGGCAGGUAGAACAACAGAACAAUGGCUUAGAUGUGGACCAGGACGCAGAUAUAGCCUACAAUAGUCUGAAGAGACAGGAGCUUGAGUCAGAGAACAAGAAGCUGAAGAAUGACCUGAAUGAGCUGAGGAAGGCUGUCGCUGACCAAGCCAUGCAGGAUAACUCCACCCACAGCUCCCCAGACAGCUACAGCCUCCUCCUGAACCAGCUCAAGCUGGCCAAUGAGGAGCUCGAGGUCCGCAAAGAGGAGGUGCUGAUCCUCAGGACCCAGAUCAUGAAUGCCGACCAGCGCCGCCUGUCUGGCAAGAACAUGGAGCCGAACAUCAAUGCCAGAACAAGUUGGCCCAACAGUGAGAAGCACGUGGACCAGGAAGACGCCAUUGAGGCCUAUCACGGGGUCUGCCAGACAAACAGCCAGACUGAGGAUUGGGGAUAUUUGAAUGAAGAUGGAGAACUCGGCUUGGCUUACCAAGGCCUAAAGCAAGUUGCCAGGUUGCUGGAGGCCCAGCUGCAGGCCCAGAGCCUGGAGCAUGAGGAGGAGGUGGAACAUCUCAAGGCCCAGGUGGAAGCCCUGAAAGAGGAGAUGGACAAACAGCAGCAGACCUUCUGCCAGACCCUGCUGCUCUCCCCAGAGGCCCAGGUAGAAUUUGGUGUCCAGCAGGAGAUAUCCCGGCUGACCAAUGAGAACCUGGAUUUUAAGGAAUUGGUGGAAAAGCUGGAGAAGAAUGAGAGGAAGCUGAAGAAGCAGCUGAAGAUUUACAUGAAGAAGGUCCAGGACUUAGAAGCUGCUCAGGCGUUGGCACAGAGUGACAGGAGACACCAUGAACUCACAAGACAGGUCACAGUCCAACGAAAAGAGAAGGACUUCCAAGGCAUGCUGGAGUACCACAAAGAGGACGAAGCCCUCCUCAUCCGGAACCUGGUGACAGACCUGAAGCCUCAGAUGCUGUCGGGCACCGUGCCCUGUCUGCCUGCAUACAUACUCUAUAUGUGCAUCAGGCACGCGGAUUACACCAACGAUGACCUCAAGGUGCACUCGUUGCUGAGCUCCACCAUCAACGGCAUUAAGAAAGUCCUCAAGAAGCACAAUGAUGACUUUGAGAUGACGUCAUUCUGGCUAUCCAACACCUGCCGCUUCCUUCACUGUCUGAAGCAAUACAGUGGUGAUGAGGGUUUCAUGACACAGAACACUGCGAAGCAGAAUGAGCACUGUCUCAAGAACUUUGACCUCACUGAAUACCGCCAGGUGCUAAGCGACCUUUCCAUUCAGAUCUAUCAGCAGCUCAUUAAAAUCGCCGAGGGCUUGCUGCAGCCUAUGAUAGUUUCUGCCAUGUUGGAAAAUGAGAGUAUCCAGGGGCUGUCUGGUGUGAGACCAACUGGUUACCGGAAGCGCUCCUCCAGCAUGGUGGAUGGAGAGAAUUCGUAUUGCCUGGAGGCCAUCGUCCGCCAGAUGAAUUCUUUCCAUACAGUCCUGUGUGACCAGGGUCUGGACCCCGAGAUUAUCCUGCAGGUGUUCAAACAGCUCUUCUACAUGAUCAACGCUGUGACUCUUAACAACCUACUCCUGCGGAAAGACGCCUGCUCCUGGAGCACAGGCAUGCAACUCAGGUACAACAUAAGUCAACUGGAAGAGUGGCUUCGGGGCAAAAACCUUCACCAAAGUGGAGCAGUUCAGACCAUGGAGCCCCUCAUCCAGGCAGCCCAGCUCCUCCAGCUGAAGAAGAAAACCCACGAGGAUGCUGAGGCCAUCUGCUCUCUGUGCACCUCCCUCAGCACCCAGCAGAUUGUCAAAAUUUUAAACCUCUACACUCCCUUGAAUGAAUUUGAGGAACGGGUCACAGUGUCCUUCAUACGAACAAUCCAGGCUCAGCUACAAGAGAGGAAUGACCCUCAGCAGCUCCUGCUGGACUCCAAGCACGUGUUCCCAGUUCUGUUUCCAUAUAACCCAUCUGCUCUGACCAUGGACUCGAUCCACAUCCCGGCCUGUCUCAACCUGGAGUUUCUCAAUGAAGUCUGAGGAUGCGUGUUUCCGAGGCGAGCGAGAAGGAAGCAUGUGCUGUCAGCCGAGAGAAUGCUAGGUGUGUUAAAUAUUCCCAGCGUAGAUCAAACCAUGUUAGAGACUGGCGGGAGCACAGAACUAAACAGCGGGGUGCACAGUUGUCGCCAAUGCUGCUCAGAAAACACCCGGAAGGUGGAUUUGUUAAAGCUGUGCUUUCAGGUUAAACCAAGACACGUCAGAACGAACAGCCACUCUGCAGCUCCAGUCGCCAUAUAAAAAUGCCAGUUCUACAGAGUGGAAGUGCCUAGCUUUGAUCUUUGUAUAUAUCUUGAGAAUGUUCAAACUGAGAUAAUAUUAAAAACACAUGACGUAAAUUGCCUUUGUGGGUCUUUCAAGAAAUGAUGGGACUAAUAACCAUAAGAUUGACACAUAUUGAUAAACCAAAGGUGUGGAUGAUCUUAGGGGAAGAUGUUUUGAGAACAAAAGUAUGGGCUUACACCUCAGGAGACUCCUCCAGUGAAUUGGUAUUCACUGAUGCCUGGUGAACAAGGGGCGCUGGGGUGGAACACUGUUUCCAAGCAAACUGGAUGACCCAGCUCUUGCGAUAGUCUCAGGUUUGUGGGAGAGUUGCACUAAACAUACUGCCAUCAAAGGUGCCAAGGGUGAGGAAGAUGGAAGAGUGCAGUCUCCGCUGCUAGUCAGUGCGGAGACGGGCAAGCUUCCGCCACGAUUCAAGUAUGGAAAUGGUAGGUGAGGAUGGCUAGCUUUUAUUUGCAGGUAUAAAAGCAAACCAGUGUGCUGCUGAUUCCAGGCCUCAAGAUCAUAAGGGAAGCAGAGCCAAGAACCCAAUUGUCUGAAGAGCGUCUGAAGGAGACUGCACAGCCAUUAAGUCUUAGCCAAAGAUUUGUGGGUUUGUUUCUUUUUAAUUGCUUUGAAAGAUUGCAGUUGCUUAGGCCAGCUUUCCCUUCUCAAGUUAUUUUCAACAUUUGUUUUUCAAAGUUUGAAAUCAAUGUAAACACUCUGCUAUGAAAUAAAAGACGUAAGAGAACAUUUAGUAAUAAUAUAACAGGCCGAUGUGUUCCUCAGAAUUUUGUUUUGCUUCUGGGUACUUUUUUGAACUCUAAAACAAAGGUUUCGUUAAACAACCCUAUAUAUAGUCUUUCUACCCAUUUCUAUAAUCCAUAUUUAUUAAAAAUAUGCUGUUCCCAUGGCAGUCACAGGUGGUUUGCAAACAAACCAGAGAGGAGCUUCAUUAUGCUAUUGAGAUUUCUCCAGACUUUAGAAGACUUCCCCAAGUGUCACCCAGUUUAGAAGGUCCUUGGGAAUACUGAACACACCAAGCCCUAAAAUGAUGUGCUGUGACAGGUCUAUGUCCCCAGUCGUCCUUUACUGCUGGGGCCAGAACAAAGAACAGUGCCUGGCACGAGGCAAAUCCGGGGACAAACGCACGGUCACCUGCAUCAUCCUUUCUGGGUCCACAGUGAGCAACCCAGCUGCUCUUGGGUGUCCAUCUCCAAGAACAGGCCCUCCCCCCCACCCACACACAGCUUUGUCACAGCCCCUGACAACUGGAUCUGGCCCUCCAACCCCCAAAUGCAAAUAAAACAGCUGGAUAUUUGGCUACCUUUUUAAAGUUGUGAAUAUAAUUUGCCUUAGUGUGCACUUUAGUGUUCAAAAUUGACUCACGUAAAGACUCCUUAACCCUCAAGAACACCCAAAAUGCCCUCUUGCUAAGCAUUUUUAAGAAGUGGUGACUUCUCAAAUAUGGCUCUCUGACCUUGCAUAUAGUCUGAAAUCAUCGCUCACCCCCCCCCCCCAAAAGUGGGGUAGGAGACUCCUGUCACUGGUCGGUCACUAGAUAUAAAAGCUCAGUAAUCACACAAAUGGAGGGAGUGGGUAACCCGCGUGAAGUUAUACUCCAGUCUUCCAGAGCACAGGAGCACCCUGGCUGCUGUACUUCCGAAGUACAGGGUGGCUGGUGAGCCUCACAUCCUGCCUGUUUCACUUCAUCCUCGGAGGCUGAAAUGGACCUUUUGAGAAACAGCACUCUCUUUUUUAGCAUCUUGUUCUGUAUACAUUCUGUUUUCUCCCCAAUUGCUGGGAAUUGAGCUCUGGUACUCAGGCAUGCUAAGAGAACACGCUGUCCUUGAACCUCCCUUAGCAAUGAUUUCCUUUCCUCUUAAAACUAAUUGUAAACAUUCCCCAACUUCAUGAAAUCAAUACUAUCUUUGAAUUUAAAUAAAUGCAACACAAGUUUGAUCGCUUCA